UUUGUUCGUUUCUUCUCGCUCCUUUCGCUGAGCUGACACAUUCGUAACGUAGGCAGCACUCUUUUCGUUUUGGUCGCAAAAUAUUUGAAAACAGUUGGUCAAUACGUCGAAUAACUAGUAUGGUCUUUGCAUGUCAACAAGAUUCUUUCCUCAGAGAGCUGAGGACACAAGUGGUGUCCUGUAAAUCCAGCAAACUUGCCGGCCAAGCUGCUUACGAAGUUGUUCUGGAAGACACUGUCUUGUUUCCUGAAGGAGGGGGUCAGCCUGAUGAUAGAGGAACGAUUAAUGGUAUUGAAGUCAUAAGAGUGGUUAGACAAGGGGGGCAUGCUAUCCAUUACAUUCCAGAGGAAAUUCCUGAAGCAACUGAAGUAAAGCUUGUUGUUGAUUGGUCAAGGAGGUUUGACCACAUGCAACAACACUCAGGACAGCACUUAGUGUCUGCCAUCAUUGAAAACAAGUUUGGUUAUGAAACAACUUCAUGGGAGUUAGGAAAAUUACGUUCACACAUAGAACUGAACUGCAAAAAGCUCACUGCAGAAGAAAUGGAGUGGAUAGAGACAACAGCUAAUGAAAUCAUCAGGAACAAUACACCAGUUAAUGUUCAUAUUUAUCCUGAUGCAACUUCUGCUAAACAAGAAAAUGCAAGCACCAGAGGUCUUCCUGAUGACCAUGAAGGUCCUGUCAGGGUGAUUGAAAUACCAGGCAUAGACCGAAAUAUGUGUUGUGGAACGCAUGUUACCAAUCUAAGUCAAGUUCAGGUUAUUAAGCUGUACCCUGAGACAGAGUCAAUGCGAGGAGGUACCAGACUAUUCUUUUUGGCAGGAAACAGAGUUUUAAAGUGUCUGGGAAAGGCAUUAGAUAAUGAGAGAGCAUUGACAAAAAUGUUAAGUGUUGGACCUGAUGAUCACUCUACAGCUGUGGAUCGAAUUCAAACAUCACUCAAGGCUGUUAAUAAGGCCACAAAGUCACAGCUAAAAGAGAUUGCACAGUUGGAAGCUUACCAGCUUAAGGCAACUAGCCAAACAAAAACAUACCUCUAUAUACACAGAGAAAAUGGGGACAUGGACUACAUGAAUGCAUUGGUGAAUGAACUAUCAGACCAGCCACUUCCAGUGCUGGUGACAGUUGGACCUGACAAAGGGCCAGGGCAGUUCCUUUUGUAUGGAAAUGAAAAACAAGUGUCUCAAAUAGGACCAAAAAUUGCUACUAUUCUGGAAGGCAAAGGUGGUGGAAAAAAAGGAAGAUUCCAAGGAAAGGCUAAUACAUUAAAAACAAGAAAUGCUGUAGAAGAUCUGCUAAAGGAAUUUUUCACUUUAUCAGUAAAUGGAACUGCAUAAUAUGGCAACUUGUAAUAAAAUGUCAAAGAAUCCCAGAAUGAAAAUGCUAGUAGCUAUUACCCAGCUGUAAUAUCCAUAGUUGAAGUUUACAUUCUCAGUAUUAAAGAAUUUUAAAUUCAGAAGAGUGCUCCUUAUGGAGGAAACCCAAUCAACUAGCUCUUUGCACUAAAACAAGUUAAUGAAUGACUUAGGCGCUUUAAUUGUUUUUCUAGUUCUUAGAAUGUGUUAAAAAAUAACCUGUCCUGUUUGUAAUAUCUUAUUGUAACUAAGAAACAUUAAAAAGAAAUGGAAAAUUACUAAUCACUUUGUACUGAUUUUUACAAAAGGAGUCAAACCAACACCUGCCGUUUUCCAGUAGUUGUUUUCUUCAAGUUUUGUGUGGGAAAACAAAGAUUAAAGUUAAGUUUUGUCAAA